AUGUCUCCGUACACGCAGGCGAACACCACUGGACACCAGGGCGAGAAGCUGUACACGGUCGACACGGCGAUCGGUCUCACCAUCAGCGGCCAGGGCGGCAUCAAGGCGGGAUCCGCUCCCGAGGGGUCCUUGGAGCGCGACGCGGAGAAGUUGCUUCGCGAGAUGGGCUUUUCGGCG